AUGGCAAUGGCAGGACAAGGGUCUCCCAUCGGAGUAGAACAAAACAGCUUUGACGGGUCUCCCACCGGGGUUUCCAAGGUUGCACAUGAGUCUGGCAGCAAAACAAGCUAUGGUCAAGACAAGACGACAGCGCAGAAGGUUCAGGUCAAUAACGUCGGUGAGAAACCGUACGCGUGUGUGGAGUGUCGACAUAGGACAGCUCGAAAGUCUGACUUAUCCAAACAUAUGAAAACCCAUACAGGUGAAAGACCCUUUAAUUGUGACCAGUGUGACUAUUCUGCUGCAAGGAAAUCCAACCUAGAUGACCAUAAAGCAAAACACAUUGGUGAGAAACCGUACAUGUGUGGAAAGUGUGGGCACAGGACAGCUCGAAAGUCUGCCUUAUCCAAACAUAUGAAAACCCAUACAGGUGAAAGACCCUUUAAUUGUGACCAGUGUGACUAUUCUGCUGCAAGGAAAUCCACUCUAAAUGACCAUAAAGCAAAACACUCUGGUGAGAAACCGUACAUGUGUGGAAAGUGUGGGCACAGGACAGCUCGAAAGUCUGCCUUAUCCAAACAUAUAAAAACCCAUACAGGUGAAAGACCCUUUAAAUGUGACCAGUGUGACUAUUCUGCCGCAAGGAAAUCCAACCUAGAUGACCAUAAAGUAAUACACACUGGUGAGAAACCCUACAUGUGUGAGGAGUGUGGGUACAGGACAGCUCGAAAGUCCCAGUUAUCACAACAUAUGAAAAAACAUGCAGGUGAAAAACCCUUUAAGUGUGACCAGUGUGACUAUACUGCUGCAUGGAAAUCCAACCUAAAUAACCAUAAAGCAAAACACACUGGUGAGAAACCCUACAUGUGUGGGGAGUGUGGAUACAGGACAGCUCAAAAGCACCAUUUAUCACGACAUAUGAGAAGUCAUACAGGAGAAAAACCCUACAAAUGUGACCAGUGUGACUAUUCUGCUGCACAGAAAGCCAGCUUAGAUGACCACAAAGCAACACACACUGGUGAGAAACCCUACAUGUGUGGGGAGUGUGGGUACAGGGCAGUUCGAAAGUCCCAGUUAUCACAACAUAUGAAAAAACAUGCAGGUGAAAAAUCCUUCAAGUGUGACCAGUGCGACUAUACUGCCGCAAGGAAAUCCACUCUAAAUGUCCAUAAAGUAAAACAUACUGAUGAGAAACCCUACAUGUGUGGGGAGUGUGGAUAUAGGGCAGCUCGGAAGUACCAGUUAUCGCGACAUAUGAAAAAACAUGCACUUGAAAAACCCUUUAAGUGUGACCAGUGUGACUAUACUGCUACAGCGAAAUCCACUCUAAAUGACCAUAAAGCAAAACACACUGGUGAGAAACCCUACAUGUGUGAGGAGUGUGGAUACAGGACAGCUCGAAAGUCCCAGUUACCACGACAUAUGAGAACUCAUACAGGAGAAAAACCCUACAAGUGUGACCAGUGUGACUAUUCUGCUGCACAGAAAGCCAGCUUAGACUACCAUAAAGCAAAACACACUGGUGAGAAACCCUACAUGUGUGAGGAGUGUGGAUACAAGGCAGCUCAUAAGUCUGUCUUAUGCCAACAUAUGAAAACUCAUACAGGAGAAAAACCCUACAAGUGUGACCAGUGUGACUAUGCUACCACAACAAAAUCCACCCUACAUGACCAUAAAGCAAAACACGCUGGUGAGAAACCCUACAUGUGUGGGGAGUGUGGAUUUAGGACAGUUUACAGGCCCUACUUAUCCGUACAUAUGAAAGCCCAUACAGGAGAAAAACCCUACAAGUGUGACCAGUGUAGCUAUUCUGCAACCUCCAAGCUUUCCUUAUCUCGACACAUGAAAAUUCACAUGGAGACACCAACUGUGCAACUGCGACCAUCUUGUAGUAGUGAUAGUUCCUGCCACGAGUCAUAACAAUAUGGAACAAACUGGACAUCGAGACCAGGGCGCUGGGAGCUAACGCGUCGAGUCCAACUGAUCGUGAAGUGGCGGCUUUCAAGAAAAAGUGUCGGUUGUCCAUGCGCAACAGGUUCAACCAACAUUUCAGUGUGGACAUUCCGUGCUCCUGGGUGCUGUCGUGUGGCUGCACCUCCUGUCGCGCUACGAGGCCCCG